ACUUCAUAGAAAAUGUGUUUCGGACAACAGUUCAGAUGAAACGGAAUUGGUACAUGUUAAAUUCUCCUUUUUGUGGCAUUCAAUGACUGUCAUUCAAGAACAUAAUCUAGAUUUCAAUCUAAAAAACAUGGCUAAAGCAAUCGCAAAUGAAGAAAACCAACUUUCUCCAGAUGAUUUUAAAAAAUUUUACGAACAGCAAAAUCGUUAUGAACAGUGGGGUGGACUCAUGGGCUCUAUUCAUAUAGAAGGAAAAGAAGAUCAAGAAUUAUAUAUGUGGUCAUGCAGAACAAGAAUACAAGAUUCCUUGCUUUCAUGUGACCGAUUUUCAAUCACAAGAAUGUUUAUGUACUUUCAAGAUGGGUUUCCGAUAAAAAUUGAGAACUUGUCGAUUCAACAUUUUUUUAAAAAUUAUACGAAUGGAUACACUAUAAAUGACCUCGGAGGAGCCAAUGAAAUUCAAGACUGUACUUUGGAAGAUAAUAUGGUUAAUUUGGAUCCUUCAAAAAUUGCAUAUUCUUUCAAAAUAAGUCGAUCGAACAAAUAUGUAAAUAAAAAUGUAACUUUGGAUUUUGGAGCAGAUAAGGAAGUAUUUUAUAUUGGGUCUGAUUUAGAAGUUAAAGUGAUUAUAAGACAAUUCGAAAUAUUUUUGGAUGCCGAAACAAAAGGAAUUGGUGUUAUGUAUCGGACAGAAAAGCCUAAUGAAAGUAUGAAACGAGAUCUAAUAUACCCUCCAUUACUUCUAAAAGACAGUGGCAAAAUAUGUCGGGAUGAGUCAGUUAUACCCUUGACAAAUGAAAUGGCAAAAAGUUCUCUAAUAACUGGAGGAAAAGGGUGUUCGCUUUCACUUCUUACAAGUCUAUCAAGAAAGGAUCCUUUGUUCGAAGUUCCGAGAGGAUUUGUAAUAACAACUGCAGCGUUUGACAAACAUAUCAAAGCUAAUCCUUCUGCAAAUUUUGCAAUUCAACGUGUUGUCAAAGUAUCUAGCAACAAAAUUUCUGGAGAUCUUAAGGAAGAAUGUGAUAGAUGCACCAAAGAGUUUCAAAAAACAAAACUAGACGAAAAUCUGAAGAUUGAAAUAAAGGAAAUGUUAUCUCGAGUAUACGAUACAUCUGUUUCCUCAUUAAGAUUUUCAAUUCGCUCAUCAGCAUGUGAUGAGGACAGUGAAGAUUAUUCCGCAGCUGGGCAAAUGCUAACUGUUUUGGGGGUAAGAGGUUUGGAGAAUAUAUACAAAUCAAUAGUUGAAUGCUGGUCAUCGAAAUUUGGAUAUGAGGCCGUUCAAUAUACAAGGCAAAGUGGGAAACUCAUUCGAUCGCCGAUGGCAGUGGUUGUACAAGAAAUGAUCCCGUCAGAAAUCUCGGGAGUAUUGUUCACAGUAGAUCCAGUAACUGGCAAUCCGUCUCGACCUCAUAUUACAGCAAACUAUGGAUUAGGAGAGACAGUUGUGUCAUCAUUGGCUGAACCUGAUACAAUUGUAUUGAAAAGAAUAAAUGACUCUUUAGAAGUGGAAACGAAAACAAUUGGAGCUAAGCAAACUCAAGUGCAUAUGACAGAUGAAUACGGUACAGAACAAAAAGAAUUUGAAAAUGAAAUUGAAGCAGCAUGUUUAAGUGAUGAAUGGGCCAUAAUGAUAGGAAAGGCAGGAAUUUUGGUUGAGAACUGCUUUUGUUCACCUCAAGAUAUAGAAUGGGCUUGCUACAAAAAUAAGCUAUAUCUUCUUCAGGCUAGGCCUAUUACAACUUUGCAUACUGAAACGGAAUUUGAAAUGACACAUGACCAAGAUACUCCGAUGAAGUCAUGUAGUGACUACUGGACGAGAGCUAACGUCGGAGAAGUUUACUUGGGAGCAAUGUCGCCUUUGGGUAUUUCAACAGUGACUGCUAAUAACGACAUUUAUAGUUUGAGAAAUCGGUUCAUCAGAGAGCUGUCCCCCGAGAAAGAUUUUUGUCCAUAUUUGUUUCAUAUUCUUCCAGUCACUCACAGACAAGUAGCAUUAAAUAUCAUUAAUGUUUUAUUUCGGGCCAAUGACAAAGAGAUCAGCAAUUUUCAGAAAUCAUUCGAAGUAGCUUUGUUUGGAAGACUAAUAGGAACUGAGGAAAUGCAUAAAGCUGGAAUAAAGAAACACGGAUACAUGACACGUAUACAGCGUUUAAUUGGACUUCCCUAUAUAUUUGUGUUUGCAUAUCUAGUUCCAAAAUGGGCUGAACAGUACGAGAAAAAACUUCGUAAUUAUCAACUACCCUUAGAAAGUUUCACAUCUGUAGAAAAGACUUGGAAUGCAAUUAUGGGUCAGAUGAAAUUUAUUAAUGAGGUUACUAAUGUGCACGGAAUGGCAACUUUCCUGUCUUCAUUUUACAAUUUAUGGGUUCUGAACAUUUUGUCAAGAAAGAAAAAAGAUUGGGAUAAUGAAGUUUAUAGCGAUUUUUCAACCCUUUUAUCAGCCUGUGCAAAUGUAGAAAGUGCAGAUGUUCCUGAAAAUCUACAAGAAUUAGCUCGAAUUAUAGCAAAGCAACAUGGAUCCACAUUUUCAUCAUUAUCACCAAACAUGGCUUAUAAUGUACUUGAAAACGACACAAGCCUUGCUGGCGUACUAUUCAAAGAAUUUUUAAGAAAGCAUGGUCACAGAUGUAUUAAAGAAUUUGAUAUUUAUUCUGAGUCUUGGGGUAUGAAUCCAGAAAACUUAAUGCCAAUUCUUCAGAGCAUGGUGAUUUCUCCAAAUAUUUUGAAUCCUCAACACAAAGAAGAAAUGACUGUUGAAACAGCUAUUUCAAAAGUUAAAGCACCGGUUUCCGGCAUAUAUAGAAAAAUUCUUAAAUUUGUGCUUCCAUGGUGUCGUAACGCUGUACGGAGGAGAGAGAAAACAAAAUCGAUGGUAAUUAAAACACUGGAUUGGUUAAGGAAGACAGUCAGUCAACUUGCUGAAAUGAUGGUUCAAGAGGAAAUGCUUCCAUCAAAAGAUCUUCUUUAUUUCCUCACUUUAGGAGAAGUUGAUGAAUUGAUCCGCUACAGAAAAUCUGGUCUAGUUUCCAAAGCUAUUCGAAGAAAAAAACUUCAUCCAAAGUUAGACAAUUUGACCUUUCCUGAGAUCAUAACCGGUAUACCAAAGCCAGUAGAAGUUAAAGAAGACAUGGAAAGCUUGUCAAAAUCUUCAUUUACAAUUACAGGCACACCUGUAUGCCAAGGAAAGGUGAGAGGUACUGCCCGUGUUAUAAAAUCUUUUUCUGAAGUUUCUCAAAUACAGAAUGGUGACAUACUUAUCACAUAUUCAACAGAUAUAGGUUGGACUCCCUAUUUUCCCCUUCUGUCUGGAGUUGUCACAGUGCUCGGAGGAUUAAUAUCACACGGUGCAGUAAUCGCUAGAGAGUAUGGUCUACCAUGUAUAGUUGGAGCACAAAAUGCUUUGUCAGUAUUUAAAUCAGGGGACAUUGUUCUUUUGGAUGGCACGAAGGGAACCAUCACAAAAUUGGAGAUUUUGGAGAACUCCUGAUACUGUUAAUAUUUAAUCCUGAACUGUGAAGUUAAUGUAAACAUUUGUCUUCAACAAAAUCAUUACAAUAUUGUAAAGUUACAUUAAAAAUAUUUAUUUUUCAAAGUAA